GCUGGUGCAUUAUAUAGAGCUGUCUGCUCCCCUGAUGCACAUCUGACUCCAGAGACACACGGAGCCACUCAACAGACCAGAGCCAUGAACACCGACAGAGGCAUGGACCCAAGCCUGACUAAUCCAGCAAGAUUUGGUGGCUGUAGUUUCAGUCUGGACCCAAACACAGCAAACCAACACGUCCGUCUGUCUAAUGAUGCGGAGAAAGCCACCUGGGUACCUGAUCCAGUGCCGUAUCAAGGCCAUGACGGGAGAUUUGACAAGGUGCCCCAGGUCCUGUGUACGGAGCCUCUGCCCCAACGCAUCCACGUGGAGGUUGAGUUUACAAAUGCUGUUGUUGCCGUCGCUUACGGAAGCAUGAAGCGGAAGGGAGAUGGCAAUGAUGUCCUGUUUGGCAACAAUGACAAGUCUUGGUGUGUGGGGUACGAUAGUGGCUCCAACAGGUACUUUGCCAGCCACAAUAACAUGAAAGAGUUCAUAUCAGCGCCCCCUGCUGGCUCCAGAGUGUUAGUGUUUCUGGACAGAGAGGCCCACAAGUUGUAUUUCUUCACCCCUCCGUCACAGAAGCCCUGGUACAAGUUCGAGCACACCUUCACUGGUGAGGAUCUCUACAUGGGGUUUAGGGUGCCUGGCACUGGGUCAUCAGCAACCCUGACCUUUAGCUGCCCUCGUCUCCUUCCAUCAAGAGGCCAAACUGCUGCAUGAGAUGACCUCUACAUGGGGUUUAAUUUCGAGUGCAUCAUGAGAUGACCUCUACGUGGGGUUUAGUUUAGAGUGCAACGUGAGAUGACCUCUACGUGGGGUUUAGUGUAGAGUGCAUCAUGAGAUGACCUCUACAUGAUAAUGUAAUAAAUCCCCGAUAAUGUAAUAACCCCGAUAAUGUAAUAAACAAAUGUCACUUGAGUCCAUUGAAAAUGUAACACAACCUGAUAAUGUAAUUACUUCCCGAUAAUGUAAUAAAGUGCAU